CAUAUUUGGAGCUGGAUAGAAGCUCAGAGACCAGCUAGUCCUUCCCUGACGUUCAUUUUACAGAUGAGGAAACUGAGGCACAGACGAAUGAGGUGACGUGUCCAAAGUCAUAGAGGUACUAUCUGAGGUGAUUGGACUUGGGACUUUGGGUGGAGCCUGGAACCCAGCCGGCAGAGGAUAGAACCAAAGGGGAAAAGAGACUGAGAAUUGGAUUGCAGCAAGAAAUAUUGUCCAGACAGUGACUGACCAGUCAGGGGACUGGUGGGCAUCAGAAGAGACCCCGAUGGUCCAGGACAGUUCCCUCCCCCUCCCCAUGCUGCUGCUGCUGCUGCUGCCUCUACACCUGGGAGCUGCACCUCAAACUGUGAAGGUGAAUGUGUCUUCAGUGGUCCGUGGGCUCCUGGGGACAGAUGUGCAGCUCCCGUGCCACCUGGUGCCUGGGGAAGUUGAAAUCCAGGUGUCCCAGGUGACAUGGCUACGCCACGAUAAGACCAGCGGGAGACUGAGCAUAGCCGUCUUCCACCCAACCCACGGCGCUGGUUUCCCCAGCACAGGACCCGGUGCAGAACGCCUGACAUUUGUGUCCCAGAACCAGGGUCCAGGUUCGGAGUUCCAUGAUGCCACCCUGCUCAUUCGGGACCUGAGGGCUGAGGAUGAGACCAAUUACACCUGCGAGUUUGCCACCUUUCCUGGGGGCAACAGCAAAGGCACCACAGAGCUUAGAGUGCUGGCUGAACCUAAGAACAGGGCAGAGGCCUAUGAGGUGACUUUGGGCCCAGCCCCCAUGACCUUGGCUACCUGUGUCUCCACUGGGGGCCGCCCACCUGCCCGAAUCUCCUGGUUGUCUCCACUGGCUGACCAGAGCAACGAGACCAGGACAGCAGGACCAGUGCCCGACACCUUCACCGUCACCAGACACUUCACCCUCGUUCCCACAGCCCAAGUGAAUGAGCAAAACAUCACCUGUAAAGUGGAGCAUGAGACCCUCAGGAAGCCUGCCCUGCUGACCAUCCCCCUGGUCGUGAGAUACUCUCCUAAGGUCUCCAUCUCAAGAGAUGAUGAGAACUGGUACGUUGGGCAAAAGGAAGUCUCCCUGAACUGCGACGCCCAAAGCAACCCCAAGCCCACAGACUAUAACUGGAGCACCAUUUCUGGCUCCCUCCCUUCGACAGCUGUGUCUGAAGGCCCCAAGCUUAUCAUCAACUCUGUAGACUGGUCAGUCAACACCACCUUCAUCUGUCAAGUCACUAAUGCUGUGGGCACAGGACGGGCUAAUCAAACCAUCCAUGUCGAAGAGCCACCAUCUUCCAAGAAAACUGUAUUACCAGCAGUGAUCAUUGUCGUGACUGUGGUUGUCACGCUCUGCAUCCUGGGGUAUUGCCUGUAUACCAGAAGGUGCCCAUGUCAAGACCACCGGAACUAUUCACCUAAUGUGGAAAUCUCCUAUACCUCAGUGGCCUGUGCCACCAGUCCACCCAAGAUGACCCAGAAUAGUGUGGCAGGUGGCAUCAACCAAAAUGGUGGGCAGACACUACCGGAGUGAUGGACCCAGGCUCCUGGAAUCUCCUUAGGCCAGACAAGGAUGAUGCCUGCCCUAACAUCCCUGUCCACUAGGCUCCACUGUCCCCCGCCCGAUGCCUAGGGGAAGGUCAGCCUGUUGGGAAGAGCUCAGACAUGCACAUCAGGAGACUUGACUCUCUGCCCCUGCGGACCCUCUGACAGGACUGUGUGAUCCUUCCUCUCUCCUGGCUUCAGCUUCCCCAUGCUAAAUAAAGAGGGCAUAGGGGCAACUGGAUGGCACAGUGGUUGGGGCACCGGCCCUGGAUUCAGGGGUACCUGGGUUCAGAUCCAGCCUCAGACACUUGACACUUGCUGGCUGUGUGACCCUGGGCAAGUCACUUAACCCCCAUUGCCUGCAAAAAAAAAAAAAAAAAAAGAGGGCAUACCAGGUGCUGCUCACACAGAGGUCAGAAGAAGCAAUACAAGGACACUCUCAAGGCCUCUCUGAAGAACUUUGGAAUUGACUGUGUAACAUGGGAGAGCCUGGCACAGGACCCCACAGCAUGGCAUGCCCUCAACAAAGAAGGUGCUUCGCUCUAUGAGCAAAGAAGAAUUAAAGCAGCUCAAAAGAAAUGCAAGAUACACAAAUUUAGAGAAUCCACCCAAAUGUUCACAUGGAAUAGUUGUGCCCCACUUGUGACAGAGCUUUCCAAACGCACAUUGGUCUGAGCAGCCACAGUGGGGCCCACUGUAACUUGACUCUGACAUAGUGAGAUCAUUUGGGUCUUCUUUGAGAACCAAGGACAACACCCAACAAAGGUGCAAGUCCCCAGGUCCUGACUCGUCCUCAUCCCAGACUCGUAAUAGUUUUAUUUUUGUGAUUAUUAAUAAUUUAUAACUUAACUUAUUAUUAAAAGCUUUCUGCUGUCUCCCCAAUGUGGAGGACUACCCCAAUAGGGAGUAGGUGGGAGGCAGCCCUCACCCUAAAGGAGUGGGGUAGAAGGCACCCAAAGACACAUACUUGUAACAUGGUGUUAUGGAGUGAGCCCUGACUCGUGAGCUAGCAGGCCUGAGUUCAGAUCCCACUAUCUCUUAUGUUUAUUGCUUUUGUGAUCUUGGGCAGGGUCACUGACCUUCCUGGAUCUCAAUGUCCUUACCUGUAAAAAUGAAGGGUUGGGGGCAGCUAGGUGGUGCAGUGAAUAGAGCACCGGCCCUGGAUUCAGAAGGACCUGAGUUC